CUUAUUUAUUUUGAUUAGGUUUUAGAGUUUGUUCGAGAUGGAAAUAGAAGUGUGGCAGAUUUGAUGGACCUUGGAAGACAAUUGCUUGGCAGGAGACAAGUUCUCCCCCCUGUUCGGCACCUCUUGCACACUGUUCAGAUUGAGGGGACCUUUCCUGAUGGAACCAAAUUAAUUACCAUCCAUGACCCUAUUGCGCGCGAGGAUGGGGAUUUGGAGCUAGCACUACAUGGCUCUUUUCUUCCUGUUCCUCUUUUAGACAAGUUUCCGGUGGUAGAAGAUGGCAGAGUUCCAGGCGAACUCUAUUUUGGGGGUGGACUUAUAACAUUGAAUCGAGGAAGGAAAGCAAUCAUUCUCAAAGUAACUAACAUGGGAGAUAGACCAAUUCAGGUAGGCAGCCACUAUCACUUCAUUGAGGUGAACCCAUACAUGAUGUUUGAUCGACAGAAAGCAUAUGGAAUGAGAUUAAAUAUACCUGCAGGGACAGCAAUGAGAUUUGAGCCAGGGGACUCAAAGAGCGUAACUCUAGUUAGUAUUGGAGGGAAGCAAAUAAUCAGGGGUGGCAAUGGGAUUGCUGAUGGUCCAGUUGAUUAUGCCAGAAUUACAUAUGUGAUGGAAGCUGUCCAUGAAAGAGGUUUUCGCCAUCUGGAGGAAAUAAAUGCAAGUGAAGGUAUCAGCGGAGAAGGAUCUGCUUUCUCCUUUACAAUGUCUCAUGAGGUAUAUGCUAAUAUCUAUGGACCCACGACUGGAGACAGAGUUCGACUCGGAGAUACAGACUUAAUUGCUGAAAUUGAAAGCGAUUUUUCUAUUUACGGUGAUGAAUGUGUAUUCGGAGGCGGAAAAGUUCUGAGAGAUGGAAUGGGACAAGCGUGCGGAUAUCCGGCUGCUGACUGCUUGGAUACUAUUAUAACAAAUGCUAUAGUAAUUGAUUAUUCAGGAAUCUUUAAGGCCGAUAUUGGAGUCAAAGAUGGUGUAAUUGUUUCCUUGGGUAAAGCUGGAAAUCCAGAUAUAAUGGAUGUAUCGAAUGGCAUGAUAAUUGGGGUGAAUACAGAGGUUAUUGCGGGUGAAGGGAUGAUUGUUACCGCAGGAGCAAUAGAUUGUCACGUUCACUUCAUCUGCCCCCAAUUGGCAUACGAAGCUAUAUCAAGUGGGAUCACUACACUUGUAGGCGGUGGGACAGGACCUGCAGAUGGAACUCGUGCCACUACAUGUACUCCGGCACCAGUUCAUAUGAAACUAAUGUUACAGUCUACAGAUAACCUACCUUUAAACUUUGGUUUCACUGGCAAGGGUAAUAGUGCAAAGCAAGAUGGACUCCAUGAAAUAGUUGAGGCUGGUGCGAUGGGGCUAAAGCUUCAUGAGGACUGGGGAACCACUCCUGCUGCAAUAGAAACUUGUUUGGAUGUUGCCGAGCAAUAUGACAUUCAGGUGAAUAUACACACAGAUACGUUGAAUGAAUCCGGGUUUGUGGAGCACACUAUUUCUGCCUUCAAAGAUAGAACAAUUCAUGCGUACCACAGCGAAGGGGCUGGUGGUGGCCAUGCUCCGGAUAUUAUCAAAGUUUGUGGUGUGAAAAAUGUAAUCCCAUCAUCAACUAAUCCAACACGUCCUUUCACUGUGAAUACUGUGGAUGAGCAUCUUGACAUGCUGAUGGUCUGUCAUCACCUCGAUAAGGACAUCAAGGAGGAUGUAGCUUUUGCUGAAUCACGGAUUCGGGCCGAAACAAUAGCUGCAGAGGACAUUUUGCAUGACAUGGGAGCAAUCAGCAUUAUUUCUUCUGAUUCUCAGGCCAUGGGACGAAUUGGAGAGGUAAUUAGCAGAACAUGGCAGACUGCCCAUAAGAUGAAAUUACUUAGAGGCCCACUCGACAAAACCCAAUCAGACAAUGACAAUCUGAGGAUCCGAAGAUACAUUGCAAAAUACACUAUAAAUCCUGCAAUUGCUAAUGGCUUCUCCAAGCAUGUUGGCUCAGUGGAGGUGGGGAAGUUGGCUGAUCUUGUCAUUUGGAAACCAUCUUUCUUUGGGUCAAAACCAGAAAUAGUGAUCAAAGGUGGCACAAUAGCAUGGGCAAACAUGGGGGACCCAAAUGCUAGCAUCCCAACUCCAGAACCAGUGAUAAUGAGACCCAUGUUUGGAGCAUUUGGAGAGGCUGGGAGUUUCAAUUCAAUUGCGUUUGUCAGCAAAGCAGCAAUGGAAAAAGGGAUAAAAGAGCGGUAUGGGCUGAAGAAGAGAUUGGAAGCGGUGAAGGAUGUGAGGAGAGUCACAAAACUGGACAUGAAACUCAACGACGCACUUCCAAACAUAUCUGUGGAUCCAGAGACGUACAGGGUGACUGCAGAGGACGAUGAAGAUACACUGCUGCUUGCAUGCCCACCUGCUACAACCCUCCCUCUUUCUCGGAAUUACUUCCUCUUCUAAGGCAGGCAACAGGGGAAACCUUCACAUGAAGAUUGAGAGGUGCAAACAUCCCAUUUUUUUUCAAGUACAAGAAAUAUCGUUUACUUCAAAGGACAGCAGAGGAUUAAAAAGUGACACCGCAAAGUGACACCGGAUCAAAAGGUGAUCAAGGUCAGCUCCACACCUCUACUGUUCAAAGCAUCAAUGGUGAACAAGAUUCAUCUAAGAACUAUCUGAAUGUAAACGUUAAUCUUUGGUACAACAAAGAAUCGCCGAAGUCGAUUAUCAAUGUGUAACUCUAUUUUAACACCAAAAUUUACAACAAUGAACAUCGUAUUUUGCG